GUUUUUUAACAGUUAUCGAUCAACACUAAAAUCAAUAAAAACAAAAAAUGGCUUCUAAAAUUCCAAUCAAAAUACAGAAACUAAACAAAAAGCCUGACAAAAAAGCAAAACCAUCGAAACCUGCUAAAACGGUUAAAUCUGCCUCCCGAUUAUGGUGCUACUUUAGCAAACGACAACCAGAAGCAACCGAUAUGCUAGAUGAAAAGAUGAGGAAGAACCUUCACCAGCCUGGUCAAAUCCCAACCUAUCUAGGAGAACGAAGUCAAACUUUUAUCAAAGAGAAGGAAUCGAAAAGUUCAUCAGAAAAUUUGCUGCCGGUCAUUGUUCCCGGGUCAAGCACAGAAUUGAAAAUCGGCGAUUCUCAUGACUUCGAUGAAGGUGUCAAAACUCCUAACUCAGAGAAAGUCCUACAGAAGUCGGUUCAGUGUGGUGAUGGAAGUUCACAAGCCCAUGCUAUUCAAUCUGUUCUUGAUAAAUUUUCCGCUGAACACCAGAAAGAUCUUGAAAGAUGUGCAGAUUCUCGGAAACAACUUGAGCAGCAGCUCGAGGAGCUCAAGCAGAUGAUUCAUAAGCAAACGGUUACAACACAUCCUUCCGGAGAUAUUCAGAGUGACAGUUUGCUUCCAUACUUGAAUAUGUUUCUACAAUGCAUCUCCUCUAAUGGUAUGAAUGGUUCUCCCAAGAACGACCGUUAUCAUCAAAAACUGGAAGAAGAGGUUCAAAAUCUGCUUUCUACCAUUGGACACUUGGAUUUCAAGAGUGCUCAGUAUCGAAACUUGAUUCAUACUAGGAAAGCUCAGAUGGUACGAUAUAGGAAACAAGUCGAACAAUUGCAAUUCCACGCACGGAAAUGCCGUGAACAGAACAAAUUCCUGAAACAAAAGUUAAAAAAUUUGAAAUAGACGAAACUCAAAGAAAACUAA